CUUUGACUUAUCGUGUGCGACAAGCCGCGUCGAAACAGAAAAGACGAUGCAUGGCCAUUCCUGCCCAUCCAUCUUUUUGCCAUGUGGUGUGUCGCGGUACGAAUCUACUCUAAAUCGUGGAUCAUACGCAGUUUCAGCCUGGACGACUGGAUUAUUACUAUAACAUAUGUUAUGUACGUGGGGUGGUUUAUUGUUGGGCAUACUAUUUUCCUCAAGGUGUUUGGAGUCGAUAUUUGGUGGAACGAUCCUGUAACCCUUACCUGGGCUUUGAAACUUUUCUACAUCGAUUCAUCUCUAUACCUCCUUAUUUUAGGACUCGCAAGGACUUCGGUCCUGUGUUUCUAUGUACGACUCUUUCCUUACGAGCGUUUUUGUCGCCCAUGCUACGCGCUAUUGACCAUCAUCGCCACAAGCACCGUUAUAUUCAUAGUUCUUUCAAUAGUUCAGUGCGUGCCAAUAUCGUACAACUGGGAGGGUUGGAAAGGGGACUUUGGGCCGGCGAAAUGCCUGAAUCUCAACCUUCUAUCUUGGAGCUCAAGCGCCAUCGGCAUCGCGUUCGAUACAACCAUCUUGAUUAUGCCUUUGCCGUUGGUUGUCAAGAUCAAGUCAACACCGCGGCGCAAGUUUUACAUCAUAUCAAUGUUCAGCCUGUGCAUCAUGAACGUCAUAUCUAGUUCCAUACGUCUUCGUUACAAUAUUAUAUACAGAGACUCUGUUGUGAAGCUGGAAUAGCUUCGUGUGGCUAGUGCCAGCAGUGCUACCACAGGAUAUAGUGUACCACCUGUAUAGACUAUAUAAAAAAGGACUACGUAGACCUUAUGAUUUAGACGGG